CCAGCCAACAUGGAGGAGCUGACGGAGGUGAUAACAGCAGCAGAGUUUCAUCCUCACCACUGUCACCUGUUUGUCUACAGCAGCAGUAAAGGAUCUCUCCGUCUCUGUGACAUGAGGGCCUCGGCACUUUGCGACAGACACACCAAACUCUUUGAGGAACCAGAGGACCCAGGAAGUCGUUCAUUCUUCUCUGAGAUCGUGUCGUCGGUGUCGGAUGUGAAGUUCAGUCACAACGGGCGGUACCUGCUGACCAGGGAUUACCUGACAGCCAAGGUGUGGGACUUACACAUGGAGAAAGGCCCCGUCGAAACCUACCAGGUUCAUGACUACCUGAGGACUAAGCUGUGCUCUCUGUACGAGAACGACUGCAUAUUUGACAAGUUUGAGUGUGUCUGGAACAGCUCCGACAGUGUGAUAAUGACUGGGGCGUACAACAGCUUCUUCCGGAUGUUUGACAGGGAGACGGGGCGGGGCGUGACCCUGGAGGCGUGGCGAGAGACCAGUAAGCCGCGAGCUGUACUGCGGACGCGACGGAUCUACACCGGAGGCAAGCGUCGUCGCGGCGACGUGGGGGUGGACAGUCUGGACUUCACUAAGAAGAUCCUCCACAUGGCCUGGCACCCCGAGGAGAACAUCAUCGCCAUAGCCUCCACCAACAACCUCUACAUCUUUCAGGACCGGGUCAGCCCCGAUACACAGGGUCCAGACCUGGGUUCAAAUACCAUUUAGCACUGGGUCAGUCCCGAUACACAGGGUCCAGACCUGGGUUCAAAUACCAUUUAGCACCGGGUCAGCCCCGAUACACAGGGUAAAGACCUGGGUUCAAACACCAUUUAGGUCCAUUUAGGACAGGGUCCACACACAGAAACAGGAUUGCGAAGUAGUCGUUAAACGCAUGUGCACACACACACACACACACACACACACACACACACACACACACACACACACACACACACACACACACACACACACACACACACACACACACACACACACACACACACACACACACACACACACACACACACACACACACACACACAGGCCUGAGAUCAGUCUAUAAGGUGAAUGAGUUGGACAGGCCUGAGAUCAGUCUGUAAGGUGAAUGAGUUGGACAGGCCUGAGAUCAGUCUGUAAGGUGAAUGAGUUGGACAGGCCUGAGAUCAGUCUAUAAGGUGAAUGAGUUGGACAGGCCUGAGAUCAGUCUGUAAGGUGAAUGAGUUGGACAGGCCUGAGAUCAGUCUAUAAGGUGAAUGAGUUGGACAGGCCUGAGAUCAGUCUAUGAGAUGAAUGAGUUGGACAGGCCUGAGAUCAGUCUGUAAGGUGAAUGAGUUGGACAGGCCUGAGAUCAGUCUAUAAGAUCAAUGAGUUGGACAGGCCUGAGAUCAGUCUAUAACGUGAAUGAGUUGGACACCCCCGAGUUCGCUAUCUAAGGUGAAUGAGUUGGACAGGCCUGAGAUCAGUCUAUAACGUGAAUGAGUUGGACACCCCCGAGUUCGCUAUCUAAGGUGAAUGAGUUGGACAGGCCUGAGUUCGCUAUCUAAGGUGUCUGAAGACAGAGGAAGGUGGUGUGUGUGUGUGUGUGUGUGUGUCCCAGACCGCAGUGACCCAGUGUGUGGAUCCAAUCACUGUUUAUAUUGUUAUUUUAGUCAACAGUCACUAGACGUCCCGUUUAACAGAUUCCCUUUAUGAUCACAACACCUCAGCACAUCUGGAUACACAGAACACCUUUACACACACCUGGUGAGAGUGGACACUUCUGGACACCUGGUGAGAGUGGACACUUCUGGACACCUGGUGAGAGUGGACACUUCUGGACACCUGGUGAGAGUGGACACUUCUGGACACCUGGUGAGAGUGGGCACUUCUGGACACCUGGUGAGAGUGGACACUUCUGGACACCUGGUGAGAGUGGACACUUCUGGACAC